CUUCUCCCGUCCCUUCUCCUGUCUCCUCCCCGCCCCCGCCGCGUUUUUAAACCUGGCGCCGAGCGCGCGGAUAGGUGAGCGGAUAAAGGCGUGGCCGCAGUCCCAGGCGCCGCUGCAGGGCCGGGGGCGCCGCGGGCACCAUGAGGCCCGAGGCGGCGCGGGGGCGCGUCUGUCACUGCCCCGGGGACGGUCCCCGGGGGCCGCCGCCGCCGCACGGGCCCGAGAGCCCCACGCCGUGGAGACCUUGGCUCCUACCAACCGGAGAUGCGGAGCCGACGGAAGCGGGACGAUCGGUGAGCUUAGGCGAGGGCGUUGCGGGUAUGGACCAGCACAGCCCGGAAGAGCCUGAGCCUGGGGGUGACCAGACUUUUGGAUCCAAGGGGGCUUUCGGGUUUCAGCACCCUGUAAGACUCUAUUUACCCAUUUCCAAGCGUCAAGAAUACCUGCAGAGUUCCGGGGAAAAGGUGCUGGCCUGUUUCCCCGUGCAGGCCACCAUUCACUUCUACAACGACGAGUCGGACUCGGAGGAUGAGGACAAAGAACACGAGCCGGGUGCCCAGGCCCUCCACCUCCCGGGCCAGGGGGCAGAAGGACCCCUGGAAAAUGACCCCGGGGGACAGCGCAGAGCCCCGCUGGUGAGCAGAGGAAGGAGCCCCAGGGGAAGCAGCGGCCUCUUUGGGAAGGGCCAGGCCCCCCACCGUGACCCUCCUGGGGAAGGCCAGUGCUCCUCUUCCCAAUAAACCCGUCCCUCGCCCCCACCGAGCCCCCAGGGCCACCUCCUCUGCACCCCGCUCUGGGACCCCUUACAUUGUCCUCUUGGGGACAGGAUGCUUUGCAUCCUCUUUUGGGUUUUCCGCAGGGUGGGGUUUCCGCUUGGCCUCUGCUCGGCUGGCUGGGCCUGGCACGAACCCAGCUUUUACUUUUCUUUUUUGGUGACUGUACCUUGGUGCAUUCAUGCAUGGCUUUGAGAAAGGGGUUGUAAAACAAAGAGAAGGUUUGUGUCAACAUGGUUGUCAUCAGAGCACAUUCGGUAUUGUAAGUCGGAUGAUCAGGUUACAAGCUAUUCCUGUAUAGAUUAAUAGCCCAGCCUUGCCUCUCGCUUGGCCUGAGACUCAUCAUUCAGCUAUUCCUGCUUUUGUAAAAAUUGAGAUAUUGUCCAAGGGUUGAUGUGGUUGCUUAAUGGCAUUCUAGAAAAAAAUAUACAUAUAUUUAUGCAAAAACUCCCCAAACAUGGAAUGAUUUCCAUGAGAGUAACAGAAAUAAAAAGGUGUGCAUUUCUAGGGCACAUUCUGGAUGAAAAUGUAUAGGGUUACUGUGUAGGGGCUGUGUGUCAGGAUACAGAGAGAACUUUCACUUCGCUCAGUUGUGCACACUGAGCACUGCUUUGGGCUUGUUACUUGGAUAGAGUAACACUGUUUUCAAUUAAAGUGUCUGAUGUAAAAUUAUUUUGAGUUUUUAAGACUUUGAUGACCAAAGAAGUAUAUUUCUCAGGGUAUUUUUUUACUUAACUAUGUUACAUGUUAUUGCCUUCUUGUAUAUAGUAUGUUAUUUAGGUUUCUACUUGAAAUAAAUAUUUUGAAAGAGAAAA